CCCGCCAGUAACACGGACUCACACGUCAGGGAGGAAGACUCUCAGAUUAACUGAGCAAGAGAGAGGAGCCGAGCCGAGGUCGCCGUCCUUAAUGACACGGUAAAUCGCUCGAGCUGCUUGCUGCGCGCUGUUAAGCGUCACAUGGGGGCUCGCUUGUACGCUACCACAUUAACUGCGGCAGGUAGCCCGUCCCAUCGCGCGGCCGCCGGCCCCGGCCCAGCUUAAAACCCCGCGCCUCGGCCGCCCCUGGUGGCCUGGCCUCGCUCGCCGUCGCGCCGCUUAGCGUUAUAUCUAAACCUGUAAUUAUUGGCGACCCAGAUAUUUUCAUCCGCCCGCGGUCCCGCUCUGCUCUGCUCAGUUCAGUGCUUGCUCGUGGUGCGCCGGGAGAGCCCGGAUCGGCGACGCGAUCGAGAUGGACGCGGCCAUGCCCGCCGCCGACGGCGGCGAAGCGGGCGCGGCGGCACAGGCGCCGCCGGCCGUCGUCCUCGUCUCCGCCGGCGCCAGCCACUCCGUCGCCCUCCUGGAGGGCAAUGUGCUGUGCUCGUGGGGCAGGGGAGAGGACGGGCAGCUCGGGCACGGGGACGCGGAGGAUCGGCUGGUGCCGACGGUGAUCAGCGGCUUCGACGCCCCAAGGAUCACGUCCGUCAUCUGCGGGGCGGACCACACCACCGCCUACUCCGAGGAAGAGCAGCAGGUCUACAGCUGGGGUUGGGGGGAUUUUGGGAGGCUGGGGCAUGGCAAUUCCAGCGACGUGUUCACGCCCCAGCCGGUCAGGGCGCUGCAGGGGAUAAAGAUCAAGCAGAUGGCCUGCGGGGAUAGCCAUUGUCUAGCCGUCACUAUGGGCGGUGAAGUGCAGAGUUGGGGGCGUAACCAAAACGGACAGCUUGGUCUUGGAACUACUGAAGACUCUCUGCUCCCGCAAAAGAUUCAAGCUUUCGAGGGUAUUUGUGUGAAAAUGAUUGCUGCUGGUGCUGAACAUACCGCUGCAGUAACUGAAGAUGGUGACCUCUAUGGAUGGGGCUGGGGUCGGUAUGGAAACUUGGGCCUCGGUGAUCGCAAUGACCGGUUUGUUCCGGAAAAAGUAUCUUUGGUGGAGGGAGAGAAGAUGGUGCUUAUUGCAUGUGGAUGGCGCCAUACCAUUACUGUUUCCUCAUCUGGUAUUUUGUACACUUAUGGUUGGAGCAAAUAUGGUCAACUAGGUCAUGGCGAUUUUGAAGAUCAUUUAUUUCCACAUAAAGUAGAAGCCUUAAAAGAUAGCUCUACAUCUCAGAUUUCAGGGGGAUGGAGGCAUACAAUGGCACUUACAUCAGAUGGAAAGCUUUAUGGAUGGGGAUGGAACAAGUUUGGGCAAGUUGGAGCUGGUGAUAGUGUCGAUCACUGUUCCCCAGUACAGGUUAUGUUUCCAGCGGAACAGAAAGUUGCCCAAGUUGCUUGUGGAUGGAGGCAUACUCUUGCUUAUACAGAAAAGAAAAAUGUUUUCGCAUGGGGAAGGGGUACCAGUGGACAGCUCGGUCAUGGUGAAAUAGUUGACAGGAACAAACCGUUGAUGAUCGAUGCCAUAAGCCCCGAUGGUUCAGGCAGCAAGAAGUUGGAGUCGUCAACAGCUGUUCCAUUUACAGCCAAAGUUUGGGUUUCACCCUCAGAAAGAUAUGCUCUCGUUCCUGAUGAGAAGGUUGCAAAACCUGGUGUAGGCACGGCAGGCAAUGGUGCUGAUGCAAGUGUACCCGAGAACGAUGUAAAGAGAAUGCGUGUGCAGUCAUAGUUCUACGACCUACCAUCUAUGCAUCUCUUUAACCCUAGUACUCCUAUCAGAAAACCUUGUGCAUUGGUUCACCAGUUUCCAUCUAGUGGUGUCCGAUUUUUGUUGCAUUCCAUACUGCCGAACCUAAGUGCUUUCUACGAACCUUCCUGGCAUUGAUAUGAUGCCUUAUCUCAGCAGAUAUGGUCUGUAAGUCACCUCGUAGACGAACUAGCAGAAUCAACCUGAACCUUUGUCAAAAUGUGUUCUGAUUGUUUCGAUGGCUUCAUGUCAAACUUUGCUACGGCACAAUAAUAAGUCGUUCAGCUUGAUUCUCAA